AUGUCUGAAAAUGUCGACACGGAAUUACUGGUGAAUUGCACCAUUUUGGCGGUGAAACGUUUUGAGCUGACAUCGAUUGUGAACACAAGUCAAUUGAAUAAUUUAAAUCGUUCGGAUAUAAUUGGUCUGCUGUCGGGCAUUAUUGAGAACAAGGAAAAUUUGGAGAACAUUAAUGAUGCAAAAGACUUUCUUACCGAAUGCCUUUUUCCCUCGCCCACACGCCCCUAUGAAUUGCCUUGGGAACAGAAGACUAUUUGGGCCAUCAUAUUUGGUGUUAUGCUGUUUGUGGCAAUAGCGGGAAAUUCCAUUGUUCUGUGGAUUGUGACAGGUCAUCGUAGUAUGCGAACGGCCACAAAUUAUUUUCUGCUAAAUCUGAGUAUUGCUGAUUUGCUAAUGUCUUCAUUGAAUUGCAUGUUCAAUUUUAUAUUCAUGCUGAAUUCGGACUGGCCAUUUGGUACGAUUUAUUGUACCAUUAAUAAUUUUAUGGCAAAUGUAACGGUAUCAACAUCCGUUUUCACCUUGGUGGCCAUAUCGUUUGAUAGAUACAUUGCCAUUGUUCAUCCUUUAAAGCGUAGAACAUCCAGGCGUAAGGUUCGCAUUAUUUUGGCUUUAAUUUGGCUGUUGAGUUGUAUUUUAUCGGCACCCUGUCUGCUGUAUUCGAAUACCAUGACAAAAAGAUACUAUAAUGGAAAACAACGUACUGUUUGUUAUAUGCUGUGGCCAGAUGGUCGUUAUCCCACAUCCAUAUUAGACUAUUGCUAUAACAUCGUAAUACUGGUCAUAACAUAUGGCAUACCAAUGGUUGUAAUGUUAAUCUGUUAUUCCCUUAUGGGACGUGUGCUAUGGGGCAGCCGUUCGAUUGGUGAAACCACUGAACGACAAAUGGAAUCAAUGAAAUCGAAACGGAAAGUUGUUCGCAUGUUUAUAGCGAUUGUAUCGAUAUUUGCGAUAUGCUGGUUACCCUAUCAUUUGUUCUUUAUCUAUGCAUAUCACAAUAAUCAGGUGACAUCGGCGAAAUAUGUUCAACACAUGUAUUUGGGUUUCUACUGGCUGGCCAUGUCAAAUGCCAUGGUGAAUCCCAUUAUCUAUUAUUGGAUGAACAAGAGGUGA